AUGGUGGGGCAGUCAGAGGGACCAACCCUGGUGGUUUCAGUUCUGAGGGAGCGUGUUCAUCGAGACAAAGCCUUCGCCCAGUUCCUGACGGAUGAGAUCAAGGAGGAGAAGAAGAUCCAGAAGCACAAGUCCCUGCCCAAGGUCUCCGGGGGUUGGGAGCUGGAGGUCCACGGCACGGAGGCCAGGCUGGUGCGGAAGAUCGCCGGGGAAAAGAUAACGGUUACAUUCAACAUCAAUAACAGCAUUCCACCCUCGGCUGAAGACGACACACAAGAAGGGCAGAAACCUGAUGAGCAGGAGCCUGAACUUACAUCAACUCCAAACUUUGUUGUGGAAGUAAUAAAGGAUGAUACAAAGCAGACCCUUGUUCUAGACUGCCAUUACCCUGAGGAUGAGAUUGGCCAUGAAGGAGAGGAGGAAAGCGAUAUUUUCACCAUUCGGGAGGUCAGUUUUCAGCCCACUGGAGAGUCCGACUGGAAGGACACCAACUACACCCUCAACACGGAUUCCCUAGACUGGGCUCUCUAUGAUCACUUGAUGGAUUUCCUGGCUGACAGAGGAGUGGACAACACAUUUGCUGACGAGUUAAUAGAGCUCAGCACUGCACUGGAGCACCAGGAGUACAUUAAAUUCCUUGAAGACCUCAAAAGCUUUGUCAAAUGCCAGUAGGGUAGGCUAGGAAACUUAUCUUCAAGUGUGGGUAUUCCACAGUGCUGCUUCAUCCAGCAAUGCCCAAAUGUAUCUUCGCAGUGGAUACAGAGAGUAAGUAAGUUGGAAUUUGGAGAAUGGGAGAACGAGGAUUCCCACUUGUAUUUGGGGAUUUGUAUUUAUGUUGCAGCCCAGAUCAAGUUCACUGACGUCACAGUCUGGAAUUGCCUUGCCCUGCGUGGUGGGUUUUGUACAAUUAAGAAUGAAUGUGAAGAAUAAAAACUGUUCAACAUAUCACUGAAAA